AACACGGCCCGAGCCAUAUGGCUGCGCAAAACGCGCGAAUCGCGCUCUGGCGGCGGUGGACUUUCAAGACUUUUAGCAGUUCGACUCGGCCAGGCUACGGAAUCGCAGCGUUCUCCUUCGCCACUGCUACCUGCCACGUGCGAGCGAUUGUACAUAUCAUUGUCGGCUGCACGAAUCUACUCCAAGACUUGAAUAGGCGCAUAUUCUAAACAGCUUGAAAUAAACCGCAAAUUGUGCUGAGAGCGCUUGAAAGAUGGGAUACCACACAGAACUGGGCGGCUGCGGUCGCUGCAUGAAGUACACCUUAUUCCUAGUGAAUUUCAUCAUAUUUAUCGGAGGUCUGUUGAUAACAGCCCUGGCGGUAUGGGCACUGGUCGACAAGGUGAACUACGUCACCGAGCUGACGAACAACAACAUGCUGACGGGCACGGUUUACGUAAUGCUCGUCGGCGGCAUCUUGACUGCCUUCAUCGCCUUCCUCGGCUGCUUUGGAGCUGCUCGCGAAAUUCGCUGUAUGCUUUUCACGUACUUCGUAGCGGUGCUCCUUCUUUUCAUCGCCAUUUUACUAGCUGGAAUAUUUGGCUACGUUUAUCGUGAAAAGUUCAUCGACACACUUGGCCAGCAAAUGCAGAACUCCUUGCGCCUCUACCGCGAAAAACCCGAGUAUACCGAAGCUUGGGACUUUGUUCAAUCGAGACUUCACUGCUGUGGGGUGCGCGGCUGGCGGGAUUGGUCCGGCUACUUCAACGAAGUACCCAUCAGUUGUUGUCGCUUGAUGACCGACGGCAGGCCGAUUGCCUGUAAUCGUUACGCCGACUCGAUCAACCAAUACAACUCUUAUACGGAGGGCUGCCUUCAACAGACCCAAAUGUUCUUGCAGAAACACGCGGCUAUUCUCGGAGGUGCUGGAAUCGCCGUGGCUUUCGUUAUGCUACUGGGCAUGAUACUGGCCAUAUCUCUAUUUAGGAUUAUACGCUAGUUGACCGGUAAGAUAUCGCCGAGUCAUUUGAGUUUGCCGACCGAUGCGACCACAGCUGCCGAUUCAGAAAAGAGAGAUGUCAGCUAGGCUUAAACACGAAUGAAGAAGAUUAUUGGCACACGAACGAUUCCGUCCAGCAGCAAGUCUAAAAUUUAUUUAACUAAGACAACGACAUUUUUGACCAAUAUUUUCGAUUUUUCGACGCAUCUGAUAUGCAGGUCUUCAGAGAAUAAAAACAAAGCCAUUUAACCGAUCUUAUACAUUGUAGUUAAUAUACAUAAACAAGUGAAUGUACUUUUUACAAGAUUAUUAUUAAUGUAAAAGUAUCUUGAACAAUUUAUGUAAAUUAUUGUAUAGAUAUAAGUUUUCAGCAAUUAAGAAAUAAUAUUUUUAAGAUUUUACGUUCAAAGCUAAAGAUUUUCGUAUAAAAAUGCAUGAUUUUCGUAAUAUUUACUUACCAUAUUGAAAUUACAUAAAUUCAAUUGUGAAAAAGUGCAAUAUAUACGAAAACUGGCGCGCAACCAUCGAGUACAAAUAUGUUUUGACAAAAAGUAACUCAAAUUGCAGUGUACGAAUAUUUACAGUAUUUUUUACGUUUAAACUGUCGAGCAAUAUAUUAUUGAUAUAUUAUCAUUACUUGUCUAUCGACCGUAGUAUUAGUAAAUUGUUCAAUGAGAAUCAAGUAACAUUUGAAACAUAAUUAGCUGUGUAUUAACAUAAACCUUUAAAUUGGCGUCUUUUAAUCGUUUUAUUUAUAGAUAGUUACCAUAUUAGUACGCUACUUGUAUCAUGCCAUUUAAAUACGAAUACUGAAAAUUUUAUCAUAAGAUCAUUUUGUAAGGUGAAUUAUUCUAUUAUAAAAUAUCAGUCAGUCAGUGAUUUUUUAAACAAAAAAUCUCAAAUAAAAGUAUUGAAAGUAUACCUAUAGAUGUCGUGCAUUUAAAAAUUUGAAACAUUUAAUCAGUAUCAUACGAUCUUCACUAUUGGUUGUAUCAUUAAUUUUGAAUGCAAUUUAAUGUUAAAAUUAUUAUUACAAAUUUUUUUAAUUCAGUAAAUGAUUUUAGUGAUAAAAAAAUUCUUUUAAAACUUUUAUAUGUACAUAAACGCACCAGAAUAAGAACUUGAAUAAAAUGCUUUUAUUAGACUUAUUGGA